AUGCGCUACUGAAGAAAACAGAGAGUCCAAAAACAGAGUCGGUCACCAAAACCACAAAAAUUCUCAUCCAAUUACCAUGGAUUCAUUCUUCUUUCCCUCCCCAAAUUCAAUUUCAUCUCCGGAGUCCUCUUUUGGGUCACCGGAAUCUUUCUCUCAGAGCUUUUCAUUCAAUAACAGCUCUCUUCCUUUCAAUGAAAAUGACUCGGAAGAAAUGCUUCUGUACGGACUAAUAGCUGAGGCCACACAAGAAGCUACGUCUACCAAUAGAGUUAAGGAAGAAGAGGUGAGUUGGGGAAUUGAGGAGAAUCCGAGUAAAGAAAAAUCCUAUAGAGGAGUUAGGAGGAGGCCAUGGGGGAAGUUUGCGGCAGAAAUAAGGGAUUCAACUAGACAUGGGAUUAGGGUUUGGUUAGGGACAUUUGAUAGUGCAGAAGCAGCUGCUUUGGCUUACGAUCAAGCUGCUUUUUCAAUGAGGGGUUCAUCGGCUAUACUCAAUUUUCCGGUGGAAAGGGUUCAAGAAUCUCUAAGAGAGAUGAAGUGUGGCAUGGAGGAAGGGUGUUCACCGGUGGUGGCACUCAAGAGAAAACACUCCAUGAGGAAGAAAAUGAUAAACAAGAAGAAGAAAGAGAGAGAAGUGAGGAUAGAAAAUGUGGUGGUGUUGGAAGAUUUAGGAGCUGAUUAUUUGGAAGAGCUUUUAAGUUCAUCUGAUCAAAACACCGCUAGGCCUUGGUGAAUGAAUAAAAACUCCAGUUUCAGAGGCCUUAGUCUUGUUUAUUUUUUUCUUUUAAUUAUGUGUUUCUUCUUUUAAUUUUU